AUGACGAGCAUUAGUAAUAAUAGUAGUAUGAUAAGUAGUCGGUCAUCAUCUCCUCCGGCUAAGACUACAAACAAUGGAGUGACAACUCCAAUGAGUGCAACGAGUACACGAUCUGCUUCGGCUUUUUCAAAUUACUCGAAUUCUUCCCCUAGUAAUAAGAGAAGAAAUUACAAAUCAAAUAAUAGUAAUCAAAAUUCUUCAGCCUCACUCGUUUCAAAAACAACUGAUCCUGACGAUAAUGAGUCAAUGCUGGGAUAUCUCGAUCAAAUGUCUCAAAUUCCAUCUACAGCUUCUCCGUCCCCUCUCUUACUACCUCUCAGUACAAAAUUCAAGUCACAAAAAAUUCUGAAUACCAACACUCCCCAAUUUCAAUCAGCUCUGAAAGAAAUUAAAACACUAAAAAAUCAAGCACCAACAAAGGAAACACUGAGAAGAGUUGCUCAUGAAAUUAAGGAUAAGAAAAUUAUCGCUAAAUUAGCUCAGCUACACUUAGAUGUGGUGGAGCAGAGGAGAAAGGAGGCAAAGGAGCAAGGUGUUACUUUCAGCGAGUUUGGAGCUACUGGUAAAGUGGCCACUGACGAUGACGGUAAUGAUGAAACACUUGAUUUUAUUGAGCAGGUAGUCAAGAGACUUUCUGAGCACUUGGAAUUCACUAAAGUUGAACUUUUCAAAAAAGUAGAUAUUAUCACAACAACUGAUGAGGAUGUUUUUUUGGACAAUUUCAAGAAAAAUGUAGUGGAAAAAUUGGAGAAGAAACAGAGUGGAACUGGUAGUAUAAUCAAGACAGACGAGGAAAUACAAAGCUUUUUCGAUGAGAGGAUAAACCUGGUAUUUAAAUUUUGGCAACAAGAAUUUGUAUUGAGACUAAAAAGCUCACUACAAUUAAAGAAGGAACAAGAAAUGGAAUCUAAUAAGGAAAAUCACGAUUCUAAUCUAAUUGGUAUUGAUAAACACAGAAAAUUACAAGUGGAAAAUCAGGUAUUAAACUCACUUGUGGAAAAGAGAGAUAAAAUGCUUGAAGAGCAAAGAACAGAAUAUUUCAAAGAGAUACUUUGUCUGAAAGAAGAACUAACAAAACUCAACUAUCAAUACGUUCCACCCUCUUACUUUCCUGAAAAUUUUGAUGCAGUUCUAACGUUAUCAUUUUUGGAAGAUGAAAAUAUUAAGGAACUUAAUCAAAUCUUAUUACAAACUAAAAACGCUCUUGAUGAUAGAGACAAUGAAAUUAGAAACCUUUUGAACUCUAUCAAUACUUUUCAAGCUGAUACUUUUGAGAAGUUGAAAAAGCAUAGUCAAACAAAUACUGAUUUAAUUGAAAAGUUAAUGGAGACAGCGAAUGCUUUCAAAUUUAAAGCUCAAAGAUUAUACGGUGAUAAUAACAUUCCACACGAUCAAUAUCAAUCAUUACUUGAUAAGGCUUUGCAAUUAGAGAAGGAGAAUGAAAAAAUCAAAAGGGAGCUAUCUGCUUUACAAAAUAUCCAAAAAGCACAAGCUAUGGUUGCUAUGGAGGAAGUUGCAAUACCACCAGUAAAUAUUGCAACUCCUGCUUUAAAUAAGUCAGGAUCAGCAACAGAAAGAUCUCCUGGUUCUGUAGAGGCAGAUGAAGAUGAUGAUACCGUCUCAGUAACUUCUGCUACAACCACUUUCACUAACUAUACCACUACAACAAGUCAAGCACCUAAUAAUAUUAAUGCUAGUGUUUUUAAUGUUGGAGAAGGAGAUGAAAUUACUCCAAUAGUUGUCAAUCCUGUCGUUUCUCAACUCAAGAAACAAAUAAGAUCAAAAGAAAAACGUAUAACCAAACUUACUGCCCAACUAGAUGAAGCUCAGGCAAAAAUUAAAGACUUUGAGGAUCCUGAAAAGAUAAAAGAAAGUAUAAUGAAACCUCUAAGAAAGUAUAAGGCCUAUAGAGAGUUAAUUGUAGCUUUAGAAACUGAGACUUUCAUUUUACAAAAAGAAAUUGACAAAUCUCACAUUAGAGAGGAUGAUUUAACAAGAACUAAGAACAAUCUCCUCUUCAAAAUUGAAGACUUGACGACCAGAUUAAGAGAAUUGAAUGAAUGGAAAGACGAAUAUCAAAGAACUUAUGUUGAUAAGACUCAAUAUUAUAUUAAUGAAAUCGAAAGACUGAAACGAGAUAUGGCAGAUAAGGAUGAUUUGCUCACUGUUCAGGAAUCGCACAUUCUGGAUUUGAGUAAUGAAAAUAUCAAAUUGAACACUGAAAUUACCAAACUCCUCUCUAAAAUAUCCUAUCUUAGAAGUGAAAUCAGUGAUCUUCAAUCUGAUUUAGCAGAAAAAAAUAAGGCAGUUAUACCUCCAGAACCAGUAAUAGAAAGAGUUAUUGAAACAGUUGAAAAAGUUGUGGAAAAGUAUGUUUCUCCUCCGCCUAUUGAAAGAAGCGAUUCUGGAGUGCAGACUGAUUUCCCUAAAACUGUAUUUAAAGAAUUGAAACCUGAUGAAUUAGAAAAUGAAAUUGAAUUGACAAUAUCUACAAGUAACCCAACUUUAAGCAUAGCCUCAUUUGAUCAAACAAAUAAGGUUAGUUCAAGGAAGUCAAACAUUCCUGUUAGUAGUCGAUCUACUAUUGAUAACAAUCCAAUUUCAAGUAGAAAUCCAAAUACUAACCUUGGCACUGCCUUAAAAUCACUUAAACCUGAUGAUAAAUCAAAAUCAAGUGCUAAUACAUCAAGGGGUAAUAUCCCUACAAGUAUGAAUACUACCAGAAGCACAAACUCUACUCAAGACAUAACAAUACCUUCUCCAAAGAUAACUCCAGAAGUUGUUGAACAGGUUCCAAAACCAAAAGAAGAACCAAUUCAAACAGUAGAAAUUGAUGAAAGUGAUCCAGACUAUGAUUUCCACAAGUUCAAGACAAAAUUACAACAAGAGGAAGCAAGAAUCAAAGAGGAACAAUUACAAAAAGAGAAAGAAGCUGAACCUAAGCAACAAAGUAAGAGUAAUCGGUCAAGCAGAAGUAAUAGUAGAGGAAACAGUAGAACUAAUAGCAGAACAAGUAGUAGAUCAUCAAGUAGAAAUACUAAUUCCAGAUCAUCUUCAGUAGUAGCAUUAUCUUCUCCAUUAACAGUGGUAACUCCAGAACCAGGGGAAGAAGCUUUGAAUGAAACCCAGUCAACUGCCUCACCAACUACACCCCUCAAUGAAGAUACAUCUGUUUUAUUGGACGCUACAAAUGAUGAAGAGGAAGAAAUAAUGGUUGAUCAACGCUCUUCAUCUCCUGAAAAACGUCUCCAUAGACUUGCCUCAUUAGAAUUCUCAAGAGGAGAUAAUGACAUUAAACAAAUGAUUCUUGAAGCAAGAAGAAAAUCAAUGGAUGAGGCAGAACAAGCCAAAUUAUUGGUUGCUAACCAAGAUAAUGCCCUUCCUGUGAUUUCUAUCAGUGAAGAUGAAAAACCAGUAGUAGAAGAAGAGAGUCUUGAUGUCACAGAUUCCCCUACUAAUCCAGAUGAACAUACUCAAAUGAUAAAACCUGAAAGGAAGAGCGUCAAGUUUUCAGCAAUGAUGGAUGACAACAAUGUUAAUAUUCAAGCAAUUAGACCAAAAAGAAGACUUGGAACCAUGACUCUUAUUGAGCGAUUACUUAUCAGUCAAGAGGGUAGAGAAUUGAGAGAACAUGGUUAUAAUGAUUAUUACUAUGAUGAAAAUGGUAAUUUGGUUUUAAAGAAGGGAGCUGGUGGAUCUGGAGAUGAUAAAUCAAAUAGUGAUGGGAAUACAACAGCGAAUAGUGAUGGUAAAUCAACUAAACCUGCAAGCACGAAACUCUCUGUUGUAAUUUCUAAAAACAGAAAACGCAGUGAAUUCCUUAAAGAUAAAACCAAUAACAAUUACAAGUACAAGUUGGAUGAGGAAGAAUUAACAGAAGAAUUUAUUAGAAAUAUGGAUCCUUCACACCCUCUUUAUCGUAAAUUUUAUGAUGAGCAUGGAAAUUUGCUUUAUGACUUUAAUAAUCCAAACAUGUCCAUUGCUGAUUUCCUCAAUAGAGGUAAUAAUGGAGCUGAUGAUGAAUCAAAUUCUAGAUUAUCACCAACAUGGAAUACUGGAUCGUUCAAUGGAAGAAAUAAUGCACAUGGUUUUUCAACAAAUUUAGCAAGAAGAAAUAGAGGUAAUUCAAGAAUUUUGGGUGACAACAAUGAUGGCUUUGGGGAUCUUUUUAUUGGUAAAAAUCCAAUAGAUGGCUCUGAUCCUAACCAUACCGUCUCAUACUCAAAAACACUCUUCUCUGAUGGAAGUACCAGAAAUUAUAAUGGUAAUAGAAGAUCUACCAGUAGUAAUGGCAGCAGACCAAACAGCUCUCAAGGACUUCAUCCAGGAGCUUCCCUCACUAUAACCACACCAACUCUAUUCAAGUCAUUAGGACAACAUAUUGAGUUGAGUAACUCUUCGAAACAAAAACGAUUGGAAGCAUUGAUGAAGGAAGAGCAAGACAGAUUAGAAAAAGUAUUGACAAGCUGGAAUCAAAUGUCAAAAGGUCAUCCUGACUCAAUUAGCAAAAUGAAAGAAGAAUUACUUCAACAAUUAGAAGAGGAAGAAACAAGCCAAUAUUAUGACAUUAAGCAAAAUACUCGUUCAUUGUCCCCUUCUAAGAAGGAACAUCUUAUUGAGAAAGAAUUUAAUGUUAUUAGAUACACUCCUCAAAAUAUUUCGGAAAUACUUUCAGAAUUGGGCAAUGAAUCUAAAAUUGGACUGGAGACUGAUAGUGAUAGUGAUAGUGAAGAGGAUUAUGAACAUAUCACCCCUACAGAUUAUCUAAUGAGACCACUGUUAAAAAUCAAAGGUUUUCCAGCAACAAGUAAGAAAUCAGCAGAAACCCCAGCUCUGCCAACUCAACCAUCUCAACCUACAGAUGAUUCAUUACUUUAUGAUAUUAACACAUUAGGUCAAUUGGAUAAGCUCAACAACUCUACAACUACAGCAAAUAAUAGUAUCAUGAAUAUAAGUAGCAUUAAUUUGAUUAAUAUUCAUGAAAGAAAUAGUUUUAAUUCCAUUACACCAACAAACAGUGUCAGUCCUACAAAUGUUCAUUUAGUUUCAGCUCCUGUCGUUCCAAAGUUUGGCGUGAAGGGAAGAAAACAAGUGGCUUCUGCUUCAUCUGAAGUGCAGGCUCCUCCACAUAUUCACAGAAUACCAUCAAUUGGUCAACAGAGAAGUAAGAGUGUUGCUACUUCAAUCGACGAAAAACCUAGACCUUCAACAACUGUAACAUCCAGAAGGAUCAAUAAGCUUGGAUUAAGAUCUGAAUCAGCAAUGGAUACUCUAGAGCAUGCAAAAAAAUCCAAAAUGAAAUAAUGACAUUUAUUAAGGCUCUACAAGCUACCAAUUCUUUCAUUCAUCAAAUCAGUUGCUUUUUGAGCCAUAUUUACCAUAGAAUAAUAAUUAAUUGCAUCCUUUCUAACUUGCAUACUAUUCUGAUCCUUGGUAAUGAUAAAGAACUUUCCAUUCGGUAAUCCAUCUGGUACCAUUGAUUGAUCCAUUACAACGCUUAAAGAUGCAAUAUUUGCAUAUGGAAUAGUAACUAUUUCUUCCUUUUUAGUGUAAAUUCCAAAUGUUCUGAUAAUUAGCUCUUUGUUUGAGUCAUUAAGAAUGAGUUCCAACACUAUAGUUUUGUAAACAGCAAAAAGAAUCAAAGCUCCAGCACAAGGAAGACAGAAUAACAAAGCGAUACCAAGAGUAAGCAUCCAACCAUUUUUCCCACUUGGUUGCUUAAUGACAAUUCUUCCCAAUAAAUCCUUUUCAACACU